GUUCAAAAUACCAAAACGUGGUGCAUCAGUAACUUCCCGAUAUAUAUGCCUAGGCUUGGCUGGCUAGACAGGGCGCGUGUUUUUUGGACUUGACAGGGGAGGGUUAGGGCAAACGCGUUCGAGUCAUAUAAAUACCUCGUCUUCUUCGUUUGUUGGAUUCCAGCUUCAAGCUACCCAGUUCGCGUCUUAUCCUCACCCCCUCUCUCUGCUCGUCGCACGCCUCUAUCACUAUGUGCUUCAUCAGCUACACCUCCAACCGCUACAAGCUCUGCGGAAAACUCAUCUCGUCCUCGAAGCAGAUUACGCGCUGCAGAGAGUACACCGCCUGGAUGAAGGCCGUCGAGGCUGGGAUGGCCUCUAUCACCGAUGUUCCCUACCAUUGCGACCCACGCGUUAUUCCACCCCACAACAAUCCCCUUUCUGCGCCCGGGAGGUGCAGACCUGAUUGCCCAUAUGGCAGGACCCGCCCUCGUGCUGAUCAAGUUGGGCUAUUUUUGCAUGCGCUAGUCGUUUGCUGGCUGGUCUACUUGUGUCCUAGGCGUUUCUUUUUACUUAUGAUUUUGAUAAUCAUCCCCCCCUUUGCUCUGGCCUGCUUUCUCGAGUUAUUGGAAUAACUAAAACAGCUUACUUAUACACGCAUAGUAACAAUACUUCUGUACCUAC